UCCCUACCUCUGGACAAAGUGAGAGGAAUGUGGAUUUAAACCUUGAUGGUAGCGAGAAAGGACUUUAAUACUUUAUGUUAAAUAUGUUGCAGCAUGUUGUAUGAAACAAAAGUGAAUUUAAUGAGAAGAGCUUAAUAUGGCAUUUAGUUUGUGAAAUGUACUGUAACAAUUACAGAACAGGGAUGAUGUUCCUGUGUAUGUCUCUACUGCUUCUCUUCAGCUUCAUGGAAUCUCAAGCAGAGCGAUUAGAGGUGGUUGGUCCAGAAGCUCCUCUUGUUGCUGUAGCUGGUGAAGAUCUGGUUCUGCCCUGUUUUAUAAAACCCAACACCAGCGCUGUGCACAUGAGAGUGGAGUGGUUCAGACUAGAUGUAGAAGACUCAUUAGUGCAUCUCUAUAAAGAUCAUGAAGACAGAGAUGAAAAGCAGGCAGAGUCCUACAGAGGAAGAACUUCACUAUUUAAACAGGAGCUACAGAAAGGCAACGCUUCACUCAAACUCUCAGCUCUCCGAGUCUCUGAUGAAGGAGAAUACAAGUGUCUUGUUGAGGAGGAAAACUCAUGGUAUGAUGACAUCACUGUUCAUGUCACUGUCGAAGUUCUGGGAAGCCACCCGGUGAUCACGAUGGAGAGUUAUGAUCACUCAGGAGGGAUUAAUAUCGUGUCCUCAGAGCUUCAGAAGGAGAAGGAAUAUGCAGAGCUGCAGAGACAGAGAGUGGAAGACGGUAAUUACAUCUGACAUUGUGACACUUUAAGGACUUUUAUUUUUCAGCUUUGUGGAGAUCUGUGUCCAUCCUGUUUUUGUGGAGAACUAGUGGUCUGCAUCUUGCAGUGUAGCCUCUGUAUUUCUGUUCAUGAAGUCUUCUGCAGACAUUAUUCACUGACAAAUCCCCACCUGCCUCCUGAAGAUCUUCUUUGGCCUACCAGACGCUUUAUAGUUACUAAGCUCACCCAUUCUCUCUUUCUUCUUAAUAAUGUUCCACACAGUUGAUAUUUUUGUAACCCUAAAGUUUGGCAGAUGUCUCUGUUUUAUUCUUGUGUCUCAGCCUUAUAAUGUGUCCUUGACUUUCACCCUCACUCUGAUCCUCAUGUUGAUGAACAGUAAAAGAAGACUCUAAAGGUGACCAAAAGUCUGGAAUAAAGACUAGAUGCUGAAAUCUUUCUCACACCCGCACUAAUGAAGCAAUUAAACACACCUGAAUAAUCACCAACACCUGUACAGCUCAAUGUCCCAAAUAUUAAGAUACCAUGGAAUGGAGACUGUGUAUAAAGUGUUGUAAUUUCUACAUGUUCAGAAAUGUAUAAAAAUACACUUUAUUAAAAUCUGAAGAUGUGCACUUUAACCACAUGUGAUAUGGUUGAGUACAAAUUUAAAACAGAUGCAAAUUUAAAAAAAAAAAAAAUUGCCUUUAUGGAGGGAGCGGUAUAUAUUUAGGAAGAGGAACAGAUUCUUAGAUUUAUAUUUCUCUCCUUUCUUUACAUUUCUCUAUUUCUAGGCAAAAAAAAAAUCUACCGAUGGCAAUAAACUUGAUUUAUUUUUAUUUAGUUUGUGGGGGACCGGGGAAUUAGUGAUUAGCACGUUUACCUCACAUGUCCGGGGUUGGGGGUUCAAAUCCCACUUUUGCUCUGUGUGCACGUGUUUUCCCUGCACUUCAGGGGUUUCUUCUGGGUACUCCGGUUUCCUCCAAACACAUGCGUUGUGGGCUGACUGGUGUUUCCAGAUUGUCUGUAGUGUGUGUGUGAUUGUGCCCUGCAGUGGGUUGGCCCCCCGUCCAGGGCAUCCCCUGCUUUUUGCCCCGCUAUCCCGGGGACAGACUCCAGGCUCCCUGCGACCCUGUGUAGGAUAAGCAGUAUAGAAAAUGGGUGGAUGGAUUUGGUUUGUACUUUUGGUCUGUGGUGUAAAUAUGAUUAUUAAUUAUGAAAUAUUAAUUAUUUAUUGUUAUGUUUUGUUAAAUCUAAUUGUAUUUUGAUGAAUUCAUAUAAAAUAUUGAUUCAUAUUUCACAGAGUUAAUAAAGAAUAAAAAGUUUGCAGGUAAUAACAAUUUUAUCUUCAGUACAGUUACAUCAGUCUCUACUGUAUUUGUGUGCAGUUGAUGUAUGCUGCAGUUCUCUCGCUCUC